AUGCUGCAAGAGGUCCGCACGUUGUUGUUCACUCCCUCGCGAGACAAGGGGGUUCGCCGAUGGCAACAGGCCGCUAUCACAUUUUUCGGACUAUGGGGCAUAAGCAUAUUUUUCAUGAUCUCCACCUCCUUUCUUAUCGUCUCCGUGCAGGCUCUUGUGCUGCUGAACACAGCUGCUUCGCUCACGGCUGCCACCGUGACCCAGUCUCUGUGCAGCCGCGCUGGCACUCAGCAGAGCUACCCCUUCGGUUUUGGAUUGUAUCGUCUCAGCGUCGUCGUGCGUCUCGGCAGCACUGUCUUUCUAGUAUUUGGUUGUGUGACAACCGUGGUGGAGUCUCUGCACCGCGGCACUCACGGGCACCACUCGAACCCCUUUUUCCUUCUCGCCCUCGGUGGCGUGCAGCUCCUAUCACAGUUGGUCUUCCUCCGUGAUGUCUGCCUCACCGAUCGCGUGACGGGGCACCGCGGCAUGGCCGGCGCGCACAGCGAGGACCUUCUUCAUUCGCUCUGUGCUUCUGCGUGCAGCGGCAGGCGUGGGAUGGUAGGUGGAGGUUUCUUUGAGGAGUUCCACAGCCCCUCGAGCGCAUUGGCUCAGUCUCAGCCGCCUGGGGGAUCACCGGUGGCACACACCCCCUCUUGUGGCGCACAACGCACUAUGCGCCGCAAUUGUACGCAAACUGUCGUUUACCUGCUGUGCCCCAUCACGUGCGUCGUCACCAGCCUGUUGAUGGUCGCAACAGACAGCAGCCUACCUGACGUGGCCGGGGCGCUGUGCCUGGCCGUCUAUUACGCCUACGUCGGAUAUCAGAAUGGACGCGACAUGCUCGACUUGCUCAUGAACAAGUGUGUGACCGACCCGAGGCGGUUGCGCAACUUGGAACGAUGCGUGCGCAACAUUAGGAUGCUGGACGGUGUGCUGCAGGUGCAGUCGACCGUGUGGUGGAACCUGAAUGUGUCGGAGAGUAUGCUGCUCAUUCGUUUACAACUCAUGUCUGCCUCUGAUGCGUGCAGCGUGUCGCAAGCAGUACGCACGCAGCUGGCUGAGCUUGCGACGUAUGUUUAUGUGGAGUGCUUUCCCGCCAACGGUGCGAACUAUCUCGGGCGCAGCACCCAGCUGUCGUGGGGUGAACCGCUGAUGGGUGCACAUGGGCACAGCCACGGCGUGCACGUUCACAGCCAUGGAGGUCUCCAAGGUCACGAACACGGACACAGUCAUGGCAAUGGGCACGACAGCGACAACGGCCACCACGACCACGGCUGCGACCAUUCGCAUAGUCACUUGUUUGUCCGCAAAGGCGAGGUCAACUUGUCAGCCACUAGACACUCCAACGAGUUUGGUAACAUCAACGGUGACCCGCGAAGGGGCUCUGUCGGCGCUACUUUGCCCUACGGAGAGCAGGGGUUUCCUGCAGCAGUCUCUUCUACUGCCUACGCGAGUGGGGCACCGGCUGCAGUAGCGUUUCCUAUACCGCCGACAUCCACGAACGGUGGAUGUGACUCGCCAGCUAAGCGGCAUGGCCUUGUGAGCGGCGUUCCAUCCAUCGGCAGUCCCUCUUUGGGGAAGCCGUUGCCCAUGGCAUAUGAUGCGGCGAACAGCAGCGCCACUUCGGCGGCGCCGUCACCAUUUACAGGCUUUCCACAUGACGCAUCUAAUUUUUGCGGUGAGGGCCGUACGAACGCAUUCAGUCGUCUCGCCCAGCACGUACCUGGCGACACAGCGGCUGAGGCUGCUGAUUCCACUAGCUUCCCAGCCAUGCCGUCGUCUCGUCAGCCGGUUAUUCCGCCCCCGGUCUUCACGCCGUUCCGAGACGGUGGUGUGCAUAUCGGCAGCGAGGUGAGGAGAGGCGCACCUCACAGUGCAACCUAUGACCACGUGUGA